AUGCUCGCACGAACCUACAACAUUCCUGAGGCUACGUUGCGUCGUUGGAAAGCGCGUGCGUCUGACUUUGUGGAGUCCUCCGACCAUAGAUCCCGAGCGACUCUAAUGGGUCGCGGACAAUCAGAAAACAUCGACUUCUCGCAACAGCUGGUCGAAUUCAUGGAGUCGGUGCGCGAAGGCGAGUACUUCCUCACGACAGCCCACUUAGUGACGUGGAUCAAGUCCCACCAGCCCGAAUGGCUCUCGGAAUACAUGGCAGCCAAGCCAAACGAAGUUUGUGAGUACAAGUGCUUGAUUGAGUGGUGCCUGAGCUUUGCCAAUCGACAUGGCUACAAACAUCGCGUGCCCUGUCCAGCGAAAGCGUCAAAAGGAGAACUGUUGGCCACACAAGACGAAUUUGAUACGGCGUUUCAAGAGAAGUUUGAGCAUCUGCCGCGGCGUGCAUGGAUCAAUGUUGACAAGACUCCUGUCUACUACGACAUGCCGCCUGGUCGAACGCUUGCGAAAGUGGGAGAGUCGUCCCGGGUACUGGAGACGCAGAAGCAUUCCGAUCGUGUGACUGCCGUCCUAUAA